AUGAGCGAAUGCGAGUACUGUAAGUCUAGGAAGAUGCUUCCUCUUAAUGGAAAAUACUACUGCGAGGAGUGUGAAAUAUACUACGUAUACAAAGAUGGAAGACAGCAAUAUUCCAAUCUUCCUAUUGAGGAAAUAAGUCAAAUAUCUGUUGGAGACCAUCUUUGCAAAAAAUGUAGACUGAAGUACUCUGAGAAGAAGUCCAUUGUGUGCACUACAUUUCGUGAAUACUUCAAGAAGCUUCCUUUAUGUAGAAAAUGUAAGCAAAACAAUCAGAAAUGCAUAAAGAACACCUUCUUCCAAAACUUCAUACUUUACAGAACUUACAGCAGGGUUUUUUCGGUCCAAUCUGUUGUGUUCCACAGUAUAUGGCUUUAUUUAAUGGGAACCAUGUUCCUUAGUAAGCUUAUCAUCACUAACUUAAUUAUUUACAAAAGAAAAGGACUCAAGCUUUUAGAAUGUUUAAUGAGCUCUAUUCUCCUUAUCCCUCUUGGAUAUUGGAGUUGGGGUACCACCGUUUUCUAUUUAUAUUGCUUCCUUACAAUGGUUUUUUCUAAAAGAUGGUAUUAUAAGGUUCCUGUUAAUCUAGAUGGGCCUCCUCCAAACAUUUUGAAGUAUUUAGAACAUCUCAACAUAGGCCGAAAGAAAGACGGAUAG